AUGGUCCAUCUCGCUACCUGCGUCACCCUCUUCGCGGCGGCCGCUGCCGCUGUCGCCCCUGCCCGCCGCCACGACGGUGAGGACCACGCCGCUGGCGCCGAGGCCGGUGGCAUCGUCAUCGGCACCCCGUCUCCCGGUGCCAUCCCCACCGGCCACGGACACGGUGACGACGAGGAGGAUGAGGAUGACGAGGAGUGGGAUGACGAUGAGGAGGACGAGGAUGAGGAGGAUGAUGAUGACUACGGUCACGGCCACGGCGGCUGGGGUGACCACGGCGGUCACGGUGGCAAGUGGGGCGACAAGGAGUCUGCCGCUCCCACCAAGCCCGGCCCCGUGCCCACCGCGGCUCCCGAGCCCAGCACCGUGCCCGAGCCUGAGGUCUCUGGCACCGAGAGCGGCGCCGACGCUGCCACCCCCGCUCCCUCGGGCCCCCUUGUCGUUUCUGGCGCUUCCACCGUCGGCGCCACCUGGGCUCUCGUCGCUGCCCUUGCUGCCUCUGUCGCCUACCUUGCCUAG